GAAAAAAGCGUAUAAACACAUCAAUGUAAUAAUCAAAACCAAGGAACUGACGUCAUUUCUGUAAACGUCUGUUGAACGAGUAAAAGGCUAACGAUUCAAUAAGAAGCGACAAGAUGGGUCAGUUCUACGCCUUCUUCCUUGUGCUGGUGCUGCUGCCUGUCGGAGCUGAGGCAUGGCUCAUGGAAGCCGCUGGAGCCACAGUUGGUGCCCUGACAGUUGCUCUCAUUUUACCCUGUUUCCUGAAGAUCGUCGGCUUCACUUCACGCGGCAUUGCGGGCGGUUCCAUCGCUGCUUUCCUCAUGUCCAGAGCCGCUGCCUACAAGAUCGGCAUGAGAGCUGUUGCUGCUGUACAGGCUGUGGGGGUCACUGGCGUCAGUUUUUCAUCUGUCGCCCUCGGCUUCAUCGUCGGCGGUAUCCUCGGGCACUCUUUCAAUUACAUCAUCGACAUGAACGAGUCAAAUACGUGAUGAAACGACUCUUAAUCUCGGGAUAAUCCCAGUCAGGAAUUCUGAUUUUUUUAUUGUUAUCAAAAUAAGUUGAAAAAGUUGGUUGUUUUUUUUUUAAUUCUUUUAAAUGAUAGUGCCCCAAAAGAUUUUAAUUUGACACUAGAUUUUUGAAAACUUUUUAGAAAUGUUGAAAUAUUAUAAACUGUAAACAUUUUUUACACUAUUUUUAGGAAAAUCAUUUCGACAAGUAAAAUAUAAAAGUUGUAAAAGUAUUUUCGCAGCGUGUAUGAACACAUAAGCCUCUUGUGGCAAAUAAGGGUGAUUAUUUGUACCUGAUUAGAUAGAAUAAAAGGUUUAUUUUAGAAUCGUAAUAAGUAUCGGUGUAAGCUACAUGUUUAGACUUGUAAAUGUAAUCAUGUUGUCAUUUGUGUGUAUCUAUCUAUGAUUCACAGACCCCUAGUGGUAAAUAAAGUUUUAUUUCAAUUCUCGA